UUUCUACAUGGAGUCCCUGCUCCAUACGACAGCCCAUCCCUACCUUGCGGGUUGUAUAACAACGAGGGUACUACAAGGAAGGGCUUUGACAACGAUCCCAACCCAGCAGUGUUCUUGAUUUUCAGAGCUCACGCAUCUUCGCGUUAGUUCCAUGCGUACACACGCGCUCAUCCGACCUUCUUGAACCAGCAUUCUGCAACGCACGCAUAACGACCUUUGAGAAGACCCACGUUGAGACAAUAAAAGGCCAAGAUGGCGACCACAGCUCAGAAGUCGCUACAAGUAGCAGCGGAGUUGGCGCUUGCAGUGCCCGAGGGAGAAGAAAGCAUUCCACAACUUGGUGUUUUGGACGAGGAUGAUGAGUUUGAGGAGUUCGAGACACAGGAUUGGUCGGACGCAGACACAGCACUUGCGCACUUGUCCAACAAAGCCGUACAAAUCUCCAGUGCAGCUGGCGCGACGGGCGGUCAAGAUCAAGGGGCAGCGCCUGGCGCUAGCGUGGGGCUUUCUAUUGCUGGCGGCAAUGCAACUGGCGGAGGCAGUGCAGGAUCCGCCAGUGGCGGACCGGCGGAUCAUCUAUGGCAAGACAACUGGGACGAUGAUGACGUGGAGGACGACUUUAGCAAGGCCCUAAGGGCAGAGCUUGACAAGGCCUCUGUCAACCAAGUGACCGCAUCAUCAUAAUUCAGCAUCAAUAGAAUGGCGAUUCUGCUGACCUGUUUAGUUUGUCCGAGUACAAGCUGCCGUUCCAUCUCGCAUUGGCUAGUUGCUGCAAUGUAACUGUGGGAUCCUUGAGUAUGAACAACAAGGAGUCUGGUUUAGUGAAUGCCCGGAAAAUCGAAGCUUCCCUUGGCACAAGGCGCUGUGUCAAGUGAAGAAUCACCUGCCUUGUCGUCUUGCUCCACGCAUUACUCUCGCAAACGUCAACACAUUUGUUGACACGUACAAGUACAUCCCUCACCACUCUAAUGAUAUGGACCUUCGAAAGUAUUCUCACAACGGCCGUCGGCGGGCAUGCACUGCUGUCGACCAGCCACGCCUUACGCAACCAUUGGUGUGACAUCGAUACACCAAUCCAGCGCACACAGGCGGCCGCAAUAUCUCCGUGCGCGCUGAGUACCAAUAUUACCAGGCGUGCAGUCCCUGCCCCACUUGGCCACUUUUCCGUGCUGCA